CCCAUCCUCCUAUUGUGAUCAAGACGAGCGAUCAGUGGUUAACUACAUGGCAAUUUUGUCAUGAGUGACUACUGAUAGGCCUCGCUUAAAUUCUGAACGAAGAGAGAAACAACAACUAAUCAAAGUCACUGAUAACGAAUCAUAAGGUCUCUAGAUUGUUCAUACGCUCAAGGGACCGAAGUGUUGAGAUGAAACUCCCAUGACUAGGCGCUCUUUUCCAUGCGACGAAGCUCACAAACUCAAGGCGGUGGACCCGCUACGAUGUCAUGCCCCCCACCCCCACCAAACCCAGAGCUUUCAAAGCGCCGUUGAACCUAGAAUUCAUCAAGCCUCUUCGAAUUCAACACCACCUCCCCUGCCGUCGGCGUCAAGAUUGCAUUAACAAUCUACAAUCCAAUCAUACGCCAUAAAAGAGAUGUCCAAAGUCUUCAUCGUUACGGGUGCGAGCCGAGGUCUCGGACUGGCCGUCGUGCAAGCUCUGCUCAAAGAGUCUCACAAAGUGUUCCUCGUAGCUAGGUCGGAGGCCGAGUUGCGGAAACUCAAGACUCAACAUGGAGAUUCGGUAGAUUACACAAGCGCCGACUUAUCCGAUUUGAAAGUGGCACCGAAAAUCGUAGCAUCGACAUUAAAAGCAUUCGGCAAGAUUGACGGGCUGGUGAUAAACCACAGCUCCUUGUCCCCAAUCACCAAAAUCUUUGACUCAGAUGCUGAGGAGUGGAGGCGGGCAUUCGACAUCAACGUCUUCAGCGCAGUGGCAUUGGUUAAAGAGUCUAUCCCAGAGCUACGGAGAUCGAAUGGACGAGUCAUCUUUAUCUCGUCGGGAGCUUCAACAAAUCCAUAUAUAGGUUGGGGAGCCUAUGGAACAUCCAAGGCAGCUUUAAAUCAUCUUUGCGCACAUUUGGCAGUGGAAGAACCCUCUAUUACUACUGUCACCGUUUCACCAGGCAAAGUCGACACAGCCAUGCAGAAACAAAUUAGAGAAGAGGGACAUGUGGGCAUGUCGCCAGAUGUCCAUGCCAGUUUCGUGGCCGAACACGAGAAUGGCCGUCUCCUCAAUCCAGAUCAGCCGGGCACUGUCGUCGCCAAGCUAGCGAUUGGUGCCACGAACGCAUUGACGGGCAAACACUACAGGUGGAACGCAGCGGAGCUUGCCGAUUACCAAUCAAAGUAGAUGGUAGACGAAUCCAGAGAGCACAAGGGACUAGAGAGAACGUUAGUUUCCAUGAUACAAACAUUCCAACAAGUCUUGUUCGAGUAUGUUGCUUCAGUCGAAAGAUGAAAAGACGUUUAUAUAAUUCUACAUAGAUGGUUCGGAUAUAGCAUGGUCAUCAUAAGCAUUAGAGGGGCUGGAAGUAAAAAUGCAUGUCAUACCUUACAAACAUAUCUACUGCAUGAGUAUCCACGAUAGAUGUCCUUUGUGUC